AUGGCCCAAUCCGUUCCACCAGGAGACAUCCAGACCCAACCGGGUACAAAGAUCGUCUUCAAUGCUCCGUACGACGACAAGCACACGUAUCGCAUUAAAGUGAUCAACUCUUCUGCUCGCCGUAUUGGGUACGGUAUCAAGACCACCAACAUGAAGAGACUUGGAGUUGAUCCACCAUGUGGAGUGCUGGACCCAAAGGAAGCUGUACUUCUGGCAGUUUCCUGUGAUGCAUUCGCAUUUGGACAGGAAGACACCAACAACGACCGUAUCACCGUCGAAUGGACCAACACCCCGGAUGGAGCUGCCAAGCAGUUCCGCCGCGAGUGGUUCCAGGGAGAUGGUAUGGUCCGUCGUAAGAACCUGCCAAUCGAAUAUAACCCUUAG